AGGACCCUUGAGGUCCCCAGCCCUUCUGGGACCUCCAGCCCAGCCGGGACCCCCCAGCCUUAGAGUGACCCCCAGGGCCUCCAGCCCUUCUGCCGCCUCCCAGCCCUACCGAGCCCCACGGGACCCCCACCCUUGCUGGCACCCAGUGCUCCCAGGCUGGCAGCCGUGACCAUCCCACGCAAAAGGGGGUUCUCCUCCAGUUUGGCACCCCAUCCUGGGGGUCCUGGGCCUGCAACCGGGGGGGGUCCCAGGUCUCUUGUCCAGCACGGCCCCGUUCCCGCACACUGCCCUCCCUCUGAGCUUGGGGGGACCCCAGUGGGCACCCUUGGGGUGGGUGACCCCCGGUGCUGGAGGCCUGCAGUGCAACCCCCCGCCCCACUGAACAGCCUCCCCCCUCUCCCUGGUCCCCCGCCGGUGACGCAGAGCUGCCGAGCGGUGGUUUCCCAACAGGGAAGUCAUUUUGUGCAUGCCGGCACGGGCCCAUGAGCCGCCCUCCCCGGGGGCCACUGAAGGGCCAGGCCCCAUCACCCAGCUGGCUGCUCCUCUCCACGCCGUGCCACCCUGAUCAGGUCCCCCCACCUGUCCCCAUGGAGUGACCCUGCACGGGGGUCUCUGCACCGGUGCGGCCCCCCACCGGCAGCCAGCCUGGCACGGAGGGAAGCUGGCCGCCGUGAAUAUGAGUGACUUCUGGCACAAGCUGGGCUGCUGUGUCGUAGAGAAGCCACAGCCGAAGAAGAGGAGGAGACGGAUCGACCGCUCCAUGAUCGGGGAGCCCAUGAACUUCGUCCACCUGACGCACAUUGGCUCUGGUGACAUGGCCGCAGGCGAAGGCCUGCCCAUGACUGGCGCCGUCCAGGAGAUGAGGUCCAAGGGUGGACGGGAGCGACAGUGGAGCAACUCCCGGGUCUUGUAGACUAUUCCUGGCUUUUUCAGCCCAAAUUUGAACUGCCUGAUUCCCAACCGGAGGAGAAGCCGACCUCGAGCGCUUUAACCCCGCGGUAAUUUAUGCAGAGCAAUCCUCGCCCAGCUCCCGGUGGCUUUUGGUUGUCACCCCUCCCCCCAGCAAACCCCUCCUUCCCGGAGGCAUCGGUCGGUGACGCGGGGAGGGAGCAGGGACAGCAGCCCCCACCUCGCACCCGACCGGCAUCUCAGCCGAAAAGACGCAGCUGCCCUCACGAAGCGUGCCAGGAGCUGCCGGGCGCAGCCAAGAUGUGCCAAAUCCUCCCCCUUUUCCCUUUCUCCACACCAGCGUCUCCCACGGGCCCCUCUUGGCACUGGGCCACGGUGCCUUGGUUUUCCCAGGGGACUGGGGCCUGUCCUGGUGCGGAGGCUGAUUUGGUGUCCUCCCGGGAAGGCGUGGAAGAGCAAAACUGGGAUUAAAGCCCAACGCUUCGGUGUCUCACCGGCAGCGGCUCAGUGCCGACACCACCACCAAGCCCACGGUGCCUCCAGCUGGCAUUUCCACCGCCGGUAAACUGCCACCUUCCUUCUUUUUUUAGGAUUUUUUUUUCUUUUUUUUUUUUUUUUUUUUUAAAAGCUCAAAAAAACCAACUAGGCAGCCUCCGCCACCUCGGAGGCAGGACUGUGGUGGGGUCACCUCCACCCGGGAUCGCCACCAGCGUUUCACCAGCACCGGCCGAGGCAGGACGGGGCCCGACCCAAGAAGGGACUCGGGCUCCCGAAUUCAGGCGCGGGUGUAUAUAGUUUAAAUAGCGCCGGGAUUAAAUAUUAAAUAGCACGUGCCAGGCAUCACGGCCAGGCGGCAGAGGCUUUCCUCCUCGCCAUGCUCCAUGCCACGCUGGGAUGCUCCUGUGCGGAGCCGUGCUUUUCCAGCCCCACGGUGCGCUUGGCCUUGGUAAGCCAGUGCCGAUGCUUGAUUCGGUUUUCCCUCCCCUGGGAAAAACAACCCAACCUUGAAAUAAAACCCUUGUGCUGGCCCGA